AUGGCUCAAUCGCGACCGGAGCCGAUGAAUGCGUCCCCACACCAUCCCAAGGUCAAGGUAUCCCUGAAGGUAUCGGACCCUGUGUUCGCCGCUGGAAGUCACAUUUCCGGUCGUCUGGAUGUCGAAUGCAAAGCUGACAAGGGCCUCGGCCUUGGAGUAAUCAUGGUCGAGUUACUCGCGAUCGAAGAGCUCACAUCGAGAGAUCACUCCGCUACAAGCACCUUCAUGCACAGUCGUCGGAUCUUUCAAGGCGAGGGAUUGCCGCCCUCAAACGCCGUACUGCCGCACCCGCUCCCUGGCGAAGCCCCUCUUCCUGCACAUCAUUACCAGGCUCGUCGAGGCCAAACGUCGUUCCUCUUCCGAUUUCCCCUUCCGGAAUCGGCGCCGUCGUCUAUAGACUUCCAGGGUGGUCUUGCUCGGCUGCGUUAUGAAGUUCGGGCGAGCGUCGGAGCGGCGUGGAAGGGAGAACGCCGACUUGUGACCGACAAGAAAGAAGUUAAUGUCGUCGAACAUCUCUUCGAGGAGAUGCUGAUGCAGGAGCCGGAGGCAGUGGUCGUCGGCGAGAACGGGAAGAUUUGGGCUCAAGGGCGGAUCCUCGGCGGGGUCGCGGUUGCAGGAGAGAGCGCUUGCGUGGAGCUGCAAGUAAAGAACCGUUCGUCGAAGAAGAAUACCGGCCUGACACUCGCAUUGAACCGACAUCUAUAUCUGCCGUCCGCAGCAGCGAGCGACAAAGCACCGCUGCAGAUAUCAGAUACGCUGACUACCGUCAAUUUCCGUGGACCCGAGUACAUUAUCCAUCCUGGGGUAGAAGGCGUCGCGAAUCUCGUUUUCGACGUGCCGCGCAAUGCGAAGAGCGUGAAGGGUGGAAUACGGGAGGAUGACGACGACGAAGAUCGCAAAUCUGACGCUCUCUUUGAAGUGCGAUGCGUGGUCUCAGUCAGGAUCGUCAUGGGCUUGGGGAGUAAAGACAUCGUUCUGGAGAUCCCUGUCAAGGUGGUUCAUACAAUGGUCAUGCCUCCACGUACGCAACCUAUGCCUUUGGCUUAUCCACCGGCAACGCCUCUGAGCCCUCCCAUACCAUAUACCGCUCCCGUGCCGUCGAGUCCGCCGUCCAUGCCUUACGAUCUCAGACCAACAAGUCCCUACGCAUAUCCGAUACCCCCCAUCUCACCUGCUCCCGUCGCAUACCCACACGCCUCCGUCACUCCCAUGCCUAUGUAUCCAUAUAUCGAUCACAGCCAUGUCUGGCUGCCGCCCCCUGCGCAAAGUCCGCAACCCUACCAAUAUUACGCACCCCCUGGACCUGGACCUCUUUAUGUUCCACCUCCCGUCGUGCCGAACUAUGCCCCACUGGCGCGGCCUGUCAGCACGGAACCAAUCCCCUCCCAUGCAUUGCAUAACCUGCCCUCUGGCCUGCCAUCGAGUGCGUCCGGCCCACCACCAGUGCUAGCUGUCACGUCGACGCCCGAAAGGUCCGAGCCAGAGGAAGGCAAGGGCGAGCGCGCCUCACGUAUCGCACGCCAUCUGCGCAUGUCAUCUAGGCAUCGUUCGGUUUCGCCGACGUCACACCGUUUCCCGGCCCCUUUACAGCCAGUGCCAACUGGGAAUGGCGCUGCGAACGGAGCCGUCGCAGUGGCCACUCACCGCAUGUCUCUUGACCCGUCGUCUGCUGGACGGCCACCUCACUUGUCGCUGGGUAAUCUACCGUCGUCUCCGGGCAGUUCGAAUGGAGAGAUAGUCUCGCCUCGGCCCAUGCCGUCCCCGAAGCUCACGUACACCGUGGACCCAUUCGCGCACGCGACCGUCAAGAGCGAGAGAGUGGAGGCACUGGAGAAGAUGGCGGAUGAAGUAGCUCAUCAGACCGCCGACCUCUCCGCCGACCUGCCGAAGGAUACGGAAGAGACCACCGUCCAGAAGACGCUCCCCGGUCCACCGGUUCCUUCGGGCAAAGAGCGAGCGUUGGCCGCCAUAAGCCGCCCUCGAGUCGACACUCUCUUCCCUCCCCCUUCCGUGCCCAGGGCGAACACCGCGUCUGCCCCGCAACUUGCCAGCGAGACGCCGCAAACUCCGACACUCAAUGCUUUCUCCCCGCGGAAGUUCAACCGAGUGAACUCGACCGACGGAAAGGGGGAGAACGGGCUUGAUGCUCUCGAGCGUCGGCUACUCGUGGAGGUCGGGACGCAGAAGGUCGAUGGCGACGAACGCAAACCGGAUGUGCGCUCGGUGGUGAUGCCCAUUGAGAUCCCACGGCGGAACAAUGCGCCGGAGACGCCAUUGAACGAUUCUGCUAUCUCCAGCCUUACACUUUCCAAUAGAUCUAUCGACGCCAAAACCCAUCAGGCGGGCAAGACAGUCUAUGCAGGUGAUCUCGAAGGCUGGAGAGAACGCGGGCCGCCGACGGGCAAGGAUGAGAACGCUCCCGAGGAUAGCAAGACGGACGGACAUGAGAGCGCGGUUACGGUGAAGAGGGAACGCAAGAAGGCGAAGAAGAAGAAUGACAGAGACGAGGAGGCUUUCAAGCUGCGGGACGCGGCGAAAGGACGCGUCGCGGCAUGGCUGGAAAGCGUCACACCUCGCGUACCGCCCGUCGAAGAGCCCGUUUCUCGCAGUCUUGAGCAACCUAUCAGUGGCCAAGCUUCGCCUGCCAAUGCUACUCCCGUUGUCUCACGCCCGAACUCGGUCGUAGGAUCGCCUGAUGCACGUCGCAACGACCGGCGACCGCCGUCUCGUCAGCCAGCCGUCAAGCAAGCAGUCGAUGCCCCAUCCGAGGAGACAUCAGCUGCACCUAAUCCACGCAGCUCCGGUUUCAUGCCGCUCACCGAUCGGCAUCGCAAUCCUCCCCCAUCACAGUCGGCGGCGAACGCAGAUAAGGCUCGCGCCCCGAAAGUCAUCAGCCGCUGGCCUGGUUUCUCCGGGAAUCAGGAUCAGCCCGCGAAAUACGACGUUCGCUCCGCUCGGGGUGGCCGAGGUGGGAAGGUCAUGGCUGUUACUGCGAUGUGGGCCUCCGCUGCCUCUGCCUCUGGCGAUAAAGCACCCCUUAGUCCGAAGCCUUUACUCAGUCCGAAGCCUUUACUCAGUCCGAAGCCUUUCGCUCCGCCGCCCACGGCCCCAAAGCCACCCAUCGAGAAAGGCCUUACAAGGACAGCAGCGAAGCCCUCUCAGCCGCCAGCAGUCCCUCCGAAGCCUACUCAUAUAACUUAUGGAAAGCCUGUACUCUCGCCGAAGUCCGCCGGUCAUCUUCAGCCCAUGAAAUCCGCAGCGUCGACCGGCACUUCGUCGCCAGCCUCCUCGGACACCAACGUAGCUGAUCUCUCCAUGAACCGCGCACGUUUGAUCAAGUCGUCCUCCGUCCCCGCCGUUGUUUCGUCGUCGCACGCGAAACCGAUGCUCUCCACCACCGCGUCUCUCGCUAGACCGUCUCAACCGUUUCAGCCACGGUUCAAGUCUCCGAUAAGCCCAGUGAAAUUCCCGCCGACCAUCACCGAGACUCUCCCGGAAGACAAGCCCGCCCUGAAAUCGCCUCCCGGUGAUCUCGCAUUCGGCAAGGCCAGGUUACGAGACCUCAUCAAGAAGUACCAAGGAGCUGGCUCAUAG